AGGUGGUCACAGCAUCCUGGACAGCCGGGGCUGAAAUUGCGGAUGGAAUGAAAGGCUUCUGGACCUGACACUCCUCUUUGGGACUUCUUUCUCCCUCCCCUCUCCUUCAUCUUAUGUAACUGUUCCCAGCAGUCAUGUCCACCCGGAGGCUGCGGAACGAGGACUACAACGAUUACAGCUCGACGGAGGUCAGCCCCUCGGAGAGCCCCUCAGACGGCCUCAGCAACUUUUCCACCCCGGGCUCCUACCAGCGCUUUGGGGAAGCCGACGGGACAACAUGGUUCCAGACGUUGAUCCACCUGCUGAAAGGCAACAUCGGCACGGGGCUGCUGGGCCUGCCCCUGGCUGUAAAGAAUGCUGGUUUACUGAUGGGUCCUGUCAGUCUGCUGGUCAUGGGCAUAGUUGCCGUGCACUGUAUGGGCAUCCUGGUAAAAUGUGCUCAUCACUUCUGCCACCGACUGCAGCGGCCCUUUGUGGACUAUGGGGAUGCGGUGAUGUUUGGGCUGGAAGCCAGCCCCAAUUCUUGGCUGCGGACUCAUUCCCUGUGGGGAAGGCAUGUUGUGGGCUUUUUUCUGAUCGUCACCCAGCUGGGGUUCUGUUGCGUCUACUUUGUGUUCCUGGCGGAUAAUAUCAAACAGGUGGUGGAAGCUGCUAACGGGACCACCAACAACUGCCACAACAACGAGACAGUGGUGCUGACUCCCUCCAUGGACUCCCGGCUUUACAUGCUCGCCUUCCUGCCCUUCCUCGUGCUGCUUGUGUUUAUCCGCAAUCUCAAAGUCCUCUCCAUCUUCUCCAUGCUGGCGAAUGUUAGCAUGCUGGGCAGUUUGAUCAUGAUCUACCAGUACAUCGUCCAGGGCAUUCCAGAUCCCAGCACCCUACCACUCGUGGCAAGUUGGAAGACUUACCCUCUGUUCUUUGGCACAGCUAUCUUCGCCUUUGAAGGCAUUGGUGUGGUCCUCCCUCUUGAAAACAAAAUGAAGAAUCCUCAGCGUUUCCCAGUGAUUCUGUAUGUGGGGAUGUGCAUAGUCACCACCCUUUACAUCAGCCUGGGGGUCCUGGGAUACCUGCGCUUUGGAGCCGCCAUCCAAGCAAGCAUCACGCUCAACCUGCCUAACUGCUGGUUAUACCAGUCUGUCAAGCUGCUGUACUCCAUCGGGAUCUUCUUCACCUAUGCCCUUCAAUUCUACGUCCCCGCUGAGAUCAUCAUCCCCUUCACCGUCUCCCGGGUGCCGGAGCGCUGGGCCUUGGCCACGGAUCUUGCAGUGCGCACGGGCAUAGUCUGCGUGACAUGUGUCUUGGCCAUCCUGAUUCCCCGGCUGGACCUGGUCAUCGCGCUGGUGGGCUCCGUGAGCAGCAGUGCCCUGGCUCUUAUCAUCCCGCCGCUCCUGGAGAUCACCACCUACUAUUCGGAGGGCAUUAACCCAGCCACCAUCUUCAAGGAUGUCCUGAUCAGCGUCCUGGGCUUCGUCGGGUUUGUGGUGGGGACUUACCAAGCCCUCUAUGAGCUGAUCCGACCAAGUGCUCCCUCCACCCUCACCAAUUCCACUAGUGCCUUUGUAUAGGGAUCUCUUUUAACCACCCCUGCCCCCUUCCUCCCCAGUCUGUGGCUAUUGGUGUCAAUGUUACAGCACAGCUCACUCAUGAAUUUCCAACAUCUGUAUCUUAGGGAUUCUCCCCUCCACCCCGCAACCCUGGCCUUCGCCCCAACUCUGCGUUGGGGCAACAAGGGUGACUCUUUCCUCCAAGAGAUCAGACAUUUUUUGACUUCUGCUCCUCUUCCUUCCUUCUGGGAGAUUUUCUCCAGUCUCGGUGUCUCGUUAAGUGGAUCCAGGGUGAACUAUCAUGAGGUUUGAGCAAGCUGUCCAUUUGGGUUUCCCAGCCUGACUCUGCCUCUGCCCUUGUGAAUCCCUCUUUAUCGGUACCUACAGGGACCUGAGCAUUUGUUAGCACUUGGAAUGGGUUACUGAAGUGAUCUUGAGCUGGAAUAGUAGAUCUCUCCCCCUGGGAAAGGACUGGGACCCUCUGUUGGAGAGGACACGGAAAAGCAACCCUUGCUCAGGAUUAACACCGGAGGCUCAGUUGAAAGGAAGCCCAGCAAAUGCCACCCACCCCCUUCUGAAAAGGGGAAAAAAAAAUGUUCAGUCCUGUGAACUCCAAAUGCAGUUGGUUUGGGGUUGGGAGCAACCCUGUGAUGAGGUAGUUGACUGAAAGGCUGUAGGAGGGCAGACUAGGAGAUCAGAGGAAGGAGGAGGUUUUGGAAGCAUUUCUGGGAUUGGGGGUGGUUUUUUUGUUUUGUUUUCAUCAGCCCCAGUUCUCAGUGGUGCCCGGUGUAAAGCGAGAGGGGAAGGCAGGUAUUUAUUGGAGGGUAGCCGGCUCUGGGGUGGGUUACAUGUCUCUUCCCCUCAUCCAUUCUUCUUUGUUACCUCUCUCCAUUUUUCCCGGGCAGAGGUCCCUGCCCUUGGAUAAGGAGAAGCCGAGGGCCAUUUCUGGCCAGGUAGUAGCAGAUAGAGCAUUUGAUUAGGAUUGGGGGUUCACCCCGCCAGGUCUGAUGUUGCUUUUGGCAGCUACUGUCUGGUGAGCAUGGAUUGCAAAUUCAAAAAAGACUUACACGAGAAGUGGGACCCUUAGUACCGCAGAUCAGCCUGAAUUGAAACGUUGACAAUCCUGACUCAUGAGACUGAGAGAAGGCUACCUUGCCUUCCUUCUCUGUCUUCCUCUCGAUCACUCCCUUUUGGCAGUUACUGAACUGCCCCGACUCUCCCUCAGCCUCGCGGCCAUCUACCUUCUCACUGAUGUAACUGUCCCAUUGCAGCGGAAACCUCAGGCUCACCAGAAAGUAGUUUUAGCAGGGAAUUGCAGCUCUCUUAGUAUUGCUUCAUUUCUGCUGUUGCAUCCCAGCAGGGCUCCCACUUGCUGUAAUCCCGUGGCCAGAGGGAGGGGAAUGGGGUGAGUUGUGCCAUGCUUGAGUGACACUGGGAGGAGGUGUUGGUGCUGAUGUGUUCGUCUCCCCUGCCAGUGCUGGGCCAGCGGGGCCAGCAUCAGCCCUGUUGGAGCCAUGCUUUGGAGAUGUUUGGGAGCCACCCCCUCUAAGUAGCAGGGGUAGGGGACUCGGGUUGCCCCAGAGGCUUGCCGUACCAACAGCGGGGUCAGGCUCAUGGCCUGGCACCGGGGCCUACGCCCCCUCCAUCCCUAGAAGCUGCCCAGGUCAUGGCUUCAAAUAGCACUAGCCUUGGGUCAAGGCAAUUCUGUUUAAGCUGUGGCCACAGAGGGAACGGAUCUUAAAGCCAUUGUCCCCCUGUGCCUGGGGAGAGAUGUAAUGUCCUUGCUUUCUUGGUUUUCCCACUUCUAAGGCCCUUCCUCCUCCCCACUGCAAGCCACCAGUGGGGGAGGUCCUAUUCCUAAUCGCCUGGGGUGGCCAGCCGGCUGGACCGAUGGGGCCUGGAGCCGAGGGGCUGCUGAGACGCUUGUUGUGGGUUUUUCCCCAGAAUGGAAAGGUAAUGAGAGUUGUUGUUUGGAUCACUCUGGUCAGACCUUAGUGUUUCUGUGGAGUGACACUGAGGGAAGAUGAGUCGAAGGCAGAAAUGGUCCAGCAGGGAGGCUGGGCUCUGAACAUUUCAGGGGAGGAAGCAGGGGAGGAGUGGAGCUGCUUAUCUGGCAGCAGCCUUGCUCGAGUCCCCAUUGGGAGCAUAUCUAGAAGUGCAGAGCAGAGUCCUCUGUUUAUGUCCGUGGGCAGAUAUGCUUUGGGCUUCCCAGGCAGUUGUGCCUCAUCUAGGGCUGCCAGCGAUUCAGGCCUGGCCCCAGGGUGCAGACCAGCUGAGAAUUGGGGGCCUGGCCUUUCCUUGUUUACCAGGUGGUGCUGGCCACCAUCGUGAGGGCUUGGAGUGCCUUACCCCAAGGCAAAAUCGAUUCCUGCUUUGGACUUGAGAGAGAGUAAAGUUUGUUGGGUUUGAAGAGGUUGGGGAUUGCUGUUGCUGCUGCUACUUAGGCACUCCUAAUCCAUUUGCCGCUUCCAGUGAGACCCUCUUUGUGAGCCUGCACUAAGGGCUUGGCUUAACUGUUGGCAGGAGGCUCACCCAGGGCCGGGGAGUGAAAGGAAAGUGGUGGGUGUCUCAACAGGUUAUACCAGGUACAAGCCCACAUGCAACAGUCUUGCCUUUUCUGGAAACUGGCUCCUGGACCAGGCCCUGUUGCUCCUCUCGACUCCAGCAGGCCAUCCAUUUUCGGCUUAUGCGGUGUUCAGCAAGUAGUCCCUGGGGAGUUCUCACUACCAGCUGCUGGAGUAGAGCAGGUCUCCCUACUCUCAACUGGAAUUGCCAAACCUUGCAUUUGGGGUGAAGGGAAGGGGGCCUCUGGAGGUCCCUGGUGGUUGGCUCUUUCUGAUAAUCUCAAGUCAGAGUUGGUACCUAGGUGAUUUAUCCAUGCUUGAAUGGCAUUAUUAUAAUUUUAUUUUUAUUUAUUAGUGUCCAGCUAGAGCCCGCUGGGCAUGAAAGCCCCGCUUCACACGCACAGAUCUUGCAUGGAAGUGUUGAGUGAAGAUGCACUUUUUCCAGGGCAGAACUUGUAGUUUAACCGUUCUGUAACCUGGCUUCACUGUCUAGCGUAGGAUAUUCCUUAACACUGAAUCCCUCUUCCCAUUGGCCCCACUCCCAUGCCCUUCCAGUCUGGGAACACCUCAUAAUUAUCCACCAUCUCAGUGGUGACAUUUGAAUGCACUGUGGAAGCCCUUUCAGCUUCCCUUCUGGAAACACCUCAUUAUUAUCCACCACCUCAAGUGGGUGAAGUUGCAGCGGUCUUGUCUUCUUUCUGUGCGCCCUUUCCUUCCCUUCCUCCACCCCUGAUGAGUAGAUGUGUCUUUACCCUUUAACACUACAAAUUAACACUCAUCAAGUUCCCUUUGUGUCACAGUGAAAUGGAAAACUCAGUGGUUUACAGCUGUGACUCCUACUUGAAUUCUAGGAGAACACUCUUAGUGGGUAAUGUGGGGAACAGGAAUCACUGCCAUUGUCCGAAUAUGGUCCCCUGCAGGCCUGGGGAGAAGGGGAGGCCCAGUGUGUUCAGAAACUGGGGCUUAAGUGAGCUAAGAUGGCCUAAGGACUUUUAUGGGUGUGAAUUGAGGUGCAGGUUACCAUAAACCCAUAAACGCGAAGGGGAAAAAAGUAGGGUUUGGUGUGGCUAUGAAACAGACAGCCUUCCUGAAUUCCUCAUUCUUCAUAUGUGGUUUAAGGACUUGCGGGGAAACUCAUCCCCCAUCAUUGGCUUCUGUGGUUCUCUAGCACCUUGGGUUUGGUCAGCGUCUUUGGACCAGAGGUGGGAUGGGACCACAUGGCUUCCAUUUCAAAUUCUUAGUUUAAAAAAAGCAUAUCACGGUAAAAGACCUUGGGAGCCAAAGAGGGCAGUGGCUACCCUGAUUGAGUUUCAGUGAACCAAAUGAUAAAUCAAGCAUGUGUGUUUCAUUGCCAGUGCAAUGCUUUGGAGCCCCUUAGGUAAUGAGAGCAAAUGAUUGCGGUCAAACAGUCAUUCUCAAACCCGUUAAUAUCCUGCCGAGUGACAGAUCUCACUAUCCACCAAGCUUUGUGUAUACAGAAGCCGUCAUUGCCGUUCUUGUCUAUGCCUCUUUCUAUUUAUUUUGUGAACACAAGGUGCGAUGAGACAUUGUACCUGCAAAAGCUUGUGGAAGGUCUCAAAUUGAUUAUGCGCCUGGAUUGUGUCUUUCAGUUUUUCUUUUCAAUAAAUGAGGUAUAUUUUUUAUUUUGAGAGA